UUAAAUCACGUGACACAUCUUGUCACAUGAUGCUAAGCGGAAGUAGAAAGGUACAGUUAAUUCUGUCCUCGAACGGUUGAUUUAUAGUAAAAACGUAAAGGCUGUAUGAGAACGGACUUGAGCUGGUACAGUAAGCCGACAUGGGUGUGCCAGAACCGGAGGAAUCUUUUCUGUCACUGGACGCAAAGCUGCUCCGUUUCAUGGAUCAGCUGGAGUUACUGGAGGAGAAACGAGCCACUCUCAACUCUCUCAUAGAGCAGGGAUGGUUUUCUUUGUCCAAGGCACGAUAUUCCAUGGGAAACAAACAUGUCUCUGCACUUCAGUAUGCGAGUGAGAUCGAGCCGCUGGUCUGUGUUCAUGCUAGAACACUGGACAAUGGUGAGGCAGAGUUCUGCAUAGAAAGAGUUACACAAAGUAAAGAGUCUGGAAAAGAUGAGCGGUCUGUAGAGGAUAUUGGUCCUCAAGAAGAAGGUGUCAGGAGAAGAAACAAACCUAAAAAGGAUAUUGCAAGAAGCGAGAAAGCUCCUGAAGUAACUCCGGUAAAAAAAAAUGACCAGAAUCCUCAACAAGAUCCACUGAAAUGGUUUGGGAUUCUUGUGCCACAGUCUCUUAAACAAGCACAGUUGUCAUUCAAGCAAGUAAUAGAGCUGUCAGCUGAGAUUGCAGCUCUUCAGAUUGCAAUUUUGAACACCAGACAGGAGCUGAAGAACAGCAUGAAAGACAAACACGCGCUCCAGAAGAAAACCUCCACAGCUCAGGUAGACAAGGUGGCAGACUAAGUAACACUAUCAAGGCAAAGCUGGAGAUGAUCUUACAAGAGCCUGUGGCCACAGAGAGUGACUGAUUGGAGUCAGUAAAUUACCUCAGGGCCCAGUGAACUUUAACUGGUGGAUUUCUGAGUGAAAAUCACAUAUGUAGCUGUUCCUACCUGAUUAGUUGGUAUUAGAUACUGUUUUGUGCUGUUUUGACUGUCUGACUGAUAAAUGUGGAGCUUGUUUGAGAACACUGUCUUUGACGAUUUCUCAGAAUCAAUUAAAUUGGUGUUGUAGACUGUAAUAGAUUAAUUCAUAAAUAUAAAUAGAACCUGUUUACCUGUUUACUUUUUCAAUAAAUGAUUGGUACCUGUUUCUGAUUAGACAGUAAAGAGGUUAUGAGUUGAACUAAUGGCUUCAUUAAUUAUUAAUAAAUCAUUUACUGCUACUUUAUAGAUCAGUUUAAAGCUAAUUAGAAUUGUUGUUUGCCAGGUGUUGUUCAGCAUCAUUUUUACUUGGUAAGUAUGCAGUUGUAAUAUUAAAUAGAUUGUGUAUAAAUAGAUUACAGUCCAGAUCCUCUGCAGCCCUUUUCCACAACGAAAAUGUCAUACAUACUGACUAGCCUCUCAAUCAUUUUAUAUAUUUUACUGUAUUGUAUGCUUGACAUCUUAGUAUGUUUUAUAUGCUGCUUUAAAUUUUUAUCUUAUGUCUCUUUACUGUAUUCUUUCAGUGGUUUGUAUCUUAAUAUUCAUUUUUGUUGUGUGGUCUGUGUAAAGCCCUUUGUAGCACUGGUUUGUUGAAGUGCUCACUUAAGAAAGUUUAAUGUUUAAUGUAAUUAUUAUUACAAGGUCCAGUUAGUAAGGGUAUUUUUCACAACCUGGCAACUCAAACGUUGUUCUUAUUACUGGUUUAUAACUAGUUUGCAAAGCCUUUGAUUUGAGUAUGAUUUACUAACCAUAAAAAACCCAUUACUCUC